GCUUGGAGCGGGGUAGGGGGCGGGUCUUCCGGAACGGGAGGCGCGUGCGCAGGAGAGGCAGGUCAGGAGCAGGGAAUUUGCUCCUCAAUGCUCAAGAAAUGUCUUCACUCUCAGAAUAUGCAUUGCGCAUGACUCGUCUGAGUGCCCGGCUCUUUGGUGAAGUUGCCAGGCCUACGGAUUCCAAAUCCAUGAAAGUGGUGAAACUGUUCAGUGAACAGCCCCUGGCCAAGAGGAAGGAGACUUACGACUGGUAUCCAAGUCACAACACAUAUUUUGCGCUCAUGGGCACACUCCGUUUUCUUGGCCUUUACAGAGAUGAGCAUCAGGAUUUUAAGGAUGAGCAAAGGCGUCUCAAGAAACUCCGUGGAAAGGGGAAACCAAGGAAAGGAGAAGGAAAAAGAGCAUCAAAAAAGAAAUAGUAUUGUCCCAUCAAGAAAGGAAAUUUCUUCUUACUGACUCAGGGGGAGGUAUAUCAGCAUCUUUCCACAUACUGGAGGAAUGUCAUCUUUAAUGAAAGUUAUUUGGAGAGACACAAUCAUCUCAUGUUGAAGCCCAAUCCAGUUAUUAACACAUUCUAAUUCUGCAAAAUUAGUGUUCCCUUAGUUUUGUAAUCUGGCCUUACCGAAUUCCACAAUGGAGCAAGUAAAUUAUUGUCUAAUGACACGUUUAGCAUGGAGGUGGGAUGCUGGGGGGCUCGGAGAACCUCAUUAAAUGAGUAUUUUGAA